ACUCGGUCGUCUAGAUUUCGGCAAAUCGACGUGGAACUAAACGAAGACAUUUCCAGAUCACGACUCUACCCCCCCUUCCAACUUUUCCUUGAUACACAUAGAAAUCUUCGAGGAUCGCCCGACAAGAAAAUACUAUCCAAGAUGUCGGACGUAGAAGACAACACCCCCGAGGUCGCCGAUGUUGUUGAGGUUUCCGGCGAUGCCCCCAAGGGCCAGAUGUCCAUUCUCGACGCUCUCAAGGGUGUCCUGAAGCUCUCUCUUAUGCACGACGGUCUCGCUCGUGGUCUCCGUGAGGCUUCCAAGGCCCUCGAUCGCCGACAGGCACACAUGUGUGUCUUGAACGAGAACUGCGAGGAGGAGGCCUACAAGAAGCUUGUUGUCGCUCUCUGCAACGAGCACAACAUCCCCUUGAUCCAGAUCCCCGACGGAAAGCAGCUCGGCGAGUGGGCCGGUCUCUGCGUUCUUGACCGUGAGGGUAACGCCCGCAAGGUCGUCAACUGCUCUUGCGUCGUCGUCAAGGACUGGGGUGAGGAGUCUCAGGAGCGAUCUAUCCUUCUCAACUAUUUCCAGACUGAGCAGUAAGGGCUUUUAAACGGUGUAGGAUGUGAAGGGAGAGGAUUAGAGGUGCGGACUUGACUUUAUUUCGAGACCGCUCGACAUGACUUUUCGCUUGUACUCUAGCCACUUCGGUUGGCAUCUAAAACGGUUUAGGCCUCAUAUCUCAUGGCCAUGUCGCAUUUGAGAGGAAUAAAAAAAAAAUUUGGGCAUCAAAUUAGAUUCUCAACCUGUCUCUUGUGUUGCUGUUGUAACGGUCAUACCGGAUUGACGUGACUAUGCU